UAGAUACGGACCCGGCUUUUACAAAACCUUUAAAAACCACCUUGUUCAAACCACUUCAGUAUUUUUACAGCUUUCGUCCAUUUGAAUUCUUAAAAGACGAAAGACGAACAAUAAUUAUUAACAGUUCUCUCCCGUGUGUCCAUUUCGGUAAUCAGUAAUCAAUUUAAAACCACAACGACUUAAUCAAAUUUUGUUGAGUUCUCAGCCAUGUUUUGCCUUCCACACUGAAACGAAUAAAAUUACUUGUUUGUUAUUUGGUCGUUCAGUGUUUGUUUUAUUUUACAUCAUUGCUCUGUCACCGUCUGUGAUUGUUGUUUCCCAAUUUUAUUGAAGGCCUGUUGAACUUUGGACCUCGUGUGCCAUUUUCUAUUCAUCUCUCUAAAGGUGCCUCACUGAAGUUAGUGCUAAGCAACCUACCAAGGAGGAUAAAUAUUGUGUUGUUUUAUCACUACUUGUAAAAUGGUCUUGUUUAGCCACACUAAGAAAGAGAACAACCUACUCACCUCAUUUUCUUACAUAUUAUUGAUCUGCUCUGUUAAUGACACAUACUCAUUAAAUUAUGAGGAACUUCAUGAAUUUGAUCAGACCCUAAAUACUACGACCUUGAAGAUAACUGAAACAGAGUUUCAUCAAGCAACAUCACCACUGAAAUCAGCCGAAAACAAAUCUCUUCUGAAUAAGUCUUACAGAGAUAAUAAAGUUGAAGGGCUUGGCCUCAUCCUAAAAAAGAAAGUAGAAAUGCUUCACACUGAAGACACAAAGAAGCUUGAGAUUGUAUUUUUAAUUGAUGCAUCUUCAAGUGUUGGUGACCAAAAUUUCAUCAGUGAACUAAAAUUUAUUAAAAAACUACUUGCUGACUUUUCUAUUUCUGAAAAUGAGACUAGAGCUGCUGUUAUAACAUUUUCUGAUCCAGAUAAAGUGUUUCGCCAUGUGGACCAUAUAUCUGUCCCAUCCUUCGAACUUCACAAAUGCAACAUGCUUCACCAAGACCUUCCUAAUAUUAAAUACUCUGGAGGUUUGACAUAUACUAUAGGAGCACUAAUUGAAGCACAGUCUGUUCUUGAAUGGUCACGCGCUGGAGCUAGAAAAGCCAUCUUCCUGGUUACUGAUGGAUUCUCUAACGGUGGUGAUCCUAUACCAGUUGCUCAAAUCCUAAAGAACAAUGGAACUUUCAUCUUUACUUUUGGAAUUCAAUCAGGCAAUACUGCUGAACUUGAGAACAUAGCAUCCUCACCAAAAGAGGAAUUCUCUUAUUUAGUGGACAGUUUUGAUCAAUUCGAAGCAGUUGGCAGACGUGCACUUCACCAAGAUCUUACUGUUGGUUCUUACCAGUCUUUGAGUGAUGUUUCCCUUUGUCACUUGAUCUGCCCUGAUUCUGAGAAAGAGGAAAAUGGAUGUUGUGACUCACAUGCCCGCUGCUCAUGUGGAACUGGAUCAGGGCAUUAUAGAUGUUUAUGCAAUCCUGGCUACUAUGGUUCGGGAUUAAAGAACUCUUGUUGGCAUUGUCCAAAUGGGACUUAUCAUGAUGGCCAAAGACCAGGAGAUGUAUCUUCAUGUAUAUCAUGUCCAGAUCCAAAUCACAUUACAGUGAUAGGAAAUGCCUCUUCAAAGUCAAGUUGUGUUUGUCAACAAGGAUUUGUUGCUCAAGGGGACUUCUGUAAAGUUAUUACAUGUCCACUCCUAUAUCCACCUGAAAAUGGAUAUUUUGUCAAAGGUGGAAUGUGCCAAAAUGUUUUUAAUGCUGCUUGUGGAAUGAGAUGUAAACCGGGAUACACACUUCAUGGGUCCAGCAUACGUUUGUGUCAGGAAACUGGUACUUGGUCAGGCAAAGCACCAAAAUGUGUUGUGAAAAUGUGUCCAACCCCCGAAAAACCUCAUAAUGGAAGUGUAAGGUGUUCCCUGGAGCCACCAGUGUCUAAUGAUCUCAUGGAUCCAAGAUUUAAAAGAAAUACAACACUUGCCAGUCAAUAUGCAGUUGAUACUGAAUGCCAAUUUACAUGCAAUCCUGGGCACAUCAUUAUUGGAUCAAGAAGACGCACUUGUCUGCCACUAGCAAGAUGGGAUGGCCUACGAACUGUGUGUAAACGUGUGUUAUCAGUCAACUUAUUAAUUUUUUAAUUUAUUUAUUUCUUUAUUUUAUUAACACAUAAAUGUCCGAGGGCUUUGCC